AUGGCGAUCCAACAGGGCAAAGUCAUGUCUCCCAGCUGGUCCUGGCGCGUCGCACUCGCAUGUGCAACUUUCUCGAGUACAAAGGUCGGUCCUCGUCACCAGCCAACGUCAACAAGUGGUGCACCCCCGAAAUCUGACACUCGGCACGCAGACUCCAAAAUCGUCUACCGCCGAUAUGCCUCGCUCUUCUUCAUCGCCGGCGCCGACUCGGACGACAACGAACUCAUCACGCUCGAGGUGAUCCACCGCUACGUUGAACAAAUGGACAAGUACUACGGCAACGUGUGCGAACUCGACAUCAUCUUUUCCUUCACCAAGGCCUAUUACAUCCUCGAUGAGCUGCUGCUGGCCGGCGAGCUGCAGGAGAGCAGCAAGAAGAACGUGCUGCGAUGCAUUUCGCAGCAGGAUGCACUCGAAGAUAUGGAGGAUUCGCAAGAGGUCGAGCAUGCGCUCAAAGAAGCAGGCUUGAUCUGA